ACCCCGCAUAGCGUGGUGCUGCCUCGUGCCCCGGUCCCGCAAAUAAAUAUAAACAGUUACUCCACGGCAGUUUCGCCAAAUUUCUCUCCCCAUCUUCACUUCACUCUCACACACAACAUACACUAUGUUGACCGACGAACAAAUCGCAGAAGCUCGGCGCCAGAACGCCCUCACCGUCGGUGAGGAGCUUGCAGAUAUUCUCCCCAUCUCAGAGAAGCCCUGGUGGCGCCAGUCUCACCUUCUCAAGCUUAACGCUCGUAUAUUAGCAUGCAUGUGCUUUUCGUCCACGACUGGAUAUGACGGUUCGCUCAUGAACGGUCUUCAGUCGCUGGAUACGUGGCAAACCUUCAUGGACACCCCCAGCGGUGGCUGGUUGGGUUUCAUCAACUCCAUCAACUCCAUCGGUGCUCUUUGCGGUCUCUGCAUCGUCGGCAUGGUUGCCGAGAGAUUCGGCCGCAAAGUUCCUCUUCUUAUUUGCAUUGCUUUUAUCUCUCUCGGUGCCGGUCUCGGAGCCGGUGCCAAAAACAUCGCCAUGUUCAUCAUCGGCCGUUACUUCAUUGGUUUUGGUUCUUCUUUCGUCCUGGGUGCGCCCUUGAUGAUUGCUGAGAUUUCCUACCCUACUCACAGAGCUCGUGCUACUUCCCUUUACAACUGUUUCUACUACCUUGGCUCCCUUAUCUCUUCUUGGGUUAUCUUUGGUGUUCGUCACCUUGACAGCUGGAGUUGGCGUACACCCACUCUUCUGCAGUGCGGAAUUCCCGUCCUGCUCUUGCUCCCUGUCCUCUCUCUCCCCGAGUCUCCGCGUUGGUUGAUUUCCAAGGGCAAGCACGCUCAGGCCCGUGAGGUCCUCGUCAAGUACCAUGCCGGUGGCAACCAGGACUCUGUUCUCGUCGACUUCGAGAUGGAGGAGAUUUCCCGCACCAUCGAGCUCGAGAGAUUUGCCGCGAAGGAAAGCUCGUGGGCUAACUUGUGGGCUACCCCCGGCAACCGCCACCGUCUGUUCAUCACCAUCUCUCUUGGUUUCUUCUCCCAGUGGAACGGUGUCGGUGUCGUCAGUUACUACCUCUCCAAGGUCCUUACCUCGGUCGGCAUCACCUCCACCACCAAGCAGACUCUUAUCAACGGUUUCCUCCAGUUGUGGAACUUGCUUUGCGCUCUGUUCUCGGCUUACGUUGUUGACUACGCCGGACGCAGAAUGCUUUUCUUGGUCUCUGGCAUCGGCAUGUUCUGCUCGUACGUUAUGAUCACUGGCUUGUCUGGCGCGUUCGCCGAGACUGGCAACAACUCCACCGGUAUUGCUAUGAUUCCGUUCUUGUUCAUCUACUACGGAUUCUACGAUAUCGCCUUCACUCCCCUCCUCUUUGCCUACCCUGCCGAAAUCUGGAACUACAUGAACCGUUCGCGCGGUCUCGUCGUCGUCCAGGUCUCGUCUUUCUUGGCCCUCAUCUUCAACCUGUUUGUCAACUCCAUCGCGCUCGACAACAUCGCGUGGAAGUACUACUUUGUCUUCAUCGGAGUGCUCAUCGUCGUCAUCAUCACCACCUACUUCACCUACCCUGAGACUCGUGGCCACACCCUUGAGGAGAUGGCCCAGGUCUUCGACAAGGACGAGGUUGAGGACGAGGAGGCCAACCGCCACGUCAAGGACAUCCUCGACAGCAUGCACGACAAGAUCCAGGAGGAGCGCGCUGAGACGGCCGAGCAAGCUGAGAUGACCGAGUUCAGCAGCAGCAGCCGUGCUUAGAUGUAUUUUUCUUUCUCUGUUUCUUUUUCAAAUCAUUUUAUUUGGUAUAGUCAUCUUUGGAGCGCUGUUCUGUUUUGUUUGUAUAUAUUUAAAAUAUUGCUUUGAUGGUAUGAUUGCGGGCAACAAUUUUAGAUAGAUUCAUAGAUUUUGAUAAUAUACUUGUUGUAUCCAAUUCUCUUGCACGUAAAACUCAUAUAAUAGUUGCUUAGAAAUGCUGGAUAUGCAGCAGACAAUCUCCGA